CUACUCAACAGUGAUAUACUCUCAGAGACCAACUGGCAGUCCUUGUGGAGAGGAAGUGAGUUGUUUUGCUGCUCUUGAUUUGUAACUUAGUAUUGCUACGCCGAGAUAGUGCACAGCGAAAUGAAAAAGACAUGUCUGGGAGUGUUUUUUGUACUUGUGCUGUACUCUGUUGUGGGACGUGCAGCUUUUUAUGGUAUGGGGUUGUCAAAAGGCGGCUUAAACGUUUGUAUCGAACACAAAGGUAGGUCUGUUGCAAAAUCCCAGCAGGUGUCGAUUGUCCAUCAUCAAAGCUACAACAAAAGAUGUGGAUUAUUCGGAUGGAAACGUUGCAGAAGAUCUAGAACUUCAAUUGGUUACACAUGGAAGACGGUCUACGUUUGGACUACUGACACUUACUUGAUAUGCUGUAAAGGAUGGCAAAGAAGUGGAGAUAGCUGCCCAAUAGCAAUUUGCGAUAAUGGCUGCAGCCACGGCGGAAAUUGCACCCGUCCGAACUCGUGCAGGUGUACUCAAUUCUGGACUGGACCUUCUUGUACUAUAGAUGUAGACGAAUGCUCCCCAAACAAUGGAGGAUGUGAGCAAAGAUGUUCCAAUAAAAGGGGUGCAUGGAGAUUAUGCUAUUGCCAUCCAGGGUACAAUAUAAGCAAAUUUGAUGACACAAAGUGUCUUGAUGUCGACGAGUGCACUUACAGCUCCGCGUGUGCAUGCGCCUCCGGAUCAAAUUCAUGUGGAAAACGAUGUCUGAAUACGGUUGGAAGUUUUAAAUGCACGUGUGACGAUGGGUACAGACUUCAGAGUGAUACAGUAUGCACAGAUAUCGAUGAGUGCGCCGUGAAUAAUGGAGGCUGUAGACGUCAGUGUGUGAACUAUCCUGGAUGGUACAAAUGCAAUUGUCCGCGUGGUUUCCGCCUUGUUUCCAAGAAGUCAUGCAGAGAUAUAAACGAAUGUGCCAGCAACAACGGAAACUGUCAACAUAAAUGUAGAAAUCUGUUUGGCAGCCAUCGCUGCAGCUGCGAUAAGGGAUUUAAUUUAAACAGCAAUGGAAGGACCUGUUCAGACAUUGACGAAUGCAAGUUAGGUCACGACUGUCAAGAUGUUUGCAGUAAUACUCUUGGUGGUUACAAGUGCUCUUGCAGCAAAGGAUAUCAACUAACGACUGAUAAUAGGACAUGCACAGAUAUCGAUGAGUGUGAUCCUAGAGCCAUUGCUCGAAGUAACGAAACAGCUACUCUUUCUGGUUGUCAUCACAUCUGCACGAACGUCGAGGGAAGCUUUCAGUGUUCUUGUAGGAGAGGAUAUGCGCUGAUGUAUGACAAGAGACAGUGUAAAGAUAUUGAUGAAUGCCUUAGUGGAAGCCAUUCCUGUGACCAUAACUGCCACAACACAGAUGGCAGCUACGUUUGCUCAUGUAGACCAGGUUACAUAUUGUCAGCGGACAGGAAAAAAUACAAAGCUCAGCCUUGUGAGAAAGUUUUUUCUCCGCUUAAUGGCGGAAUGAAUUGUUCAGGACUUGUCACUGACGCCACCUGUUUAUUUUCUUGCGAACCGGGAUAUGAUUUGGUCGGACCACAGUCGAGAACAUGCCUUGCUUCUUCACGGUGGAGCGGAAAACUGCCUUUCUGUCAAGCAAAAAAUUGCAAGACGCUGACCACCCGUGAGAAUCAAACUAUAUCAGUGCCUUGCUUUACCUCCCUCGGUUCAACUUGCCAUUUUGGUUGUCGUCGUGGAUUUUUCUUGGUGGGAGACGGAGAAGCCAAUUGUAUCCUUAAUUCCAAGGGUGACGACGUUUCCUGGAACUUUGGAAGGUUUUCUUGUAAAGAGAUCAAGACCUGCCAACCUAAUCCAUGCAAACAAGGAGGGAAAUGUUUAACACUGAACGAAAAGGAAUAUGCCUGUAAUUGUGAAGGCACCGGUUAUAAAGGAAGUCACUGUGAAACUGGACAUGUCGUGACGCCGAUCUUUCCUAAACUACUCACCAAUACGAAAUCCGGGAGGCUUUUCCUUCUAGCAAGACCAUUGAGACGCCUCAAAGUGAUAUUAACAUCCGAGAAAGAAGUAGCAUUUCAGCCACAAUCAGUAGUCUUCGAUCCUUUAAAAAUAAUGGAAGGAUUUACAGUUUUAGCCGAAAAACCAGGAAUUCGAAAGAUCACAUAUGAUCUUCAGGGUGAAAGUGAGAACGAUUUUGAAGUUCCUACACCAGGCGUUUUAUUCAGUGCACCGAAAAUGUUCCCUAAUGGCAGCCUGAGCACAAAGCUGUUUCUUCGCAAAGGCGAGCUACCCACAGGCUGCGAGGAACAGCAAACAAAAGUUUCAUGUGAAGCACGUCUAAUAUCUACCGCGCCGUGGACAAAGAAUCCUCCUUCUACCAAUGGUAUCGUGCACAUCACAGCUGCCGACAACCUAAAUAUUCCUCUUUCUCUGAUCGGUUUAAAUCCAAGGAAUGGUGUCUCGCGGGAUAAGAUGAUUGAGGCUGGAAUGGCUAUGACCUCUUCUUCCAAACAAUACGCACUUCUGCAUUUGCGAAAUGGCACAUGCCAAGCAAGACUCACAGACUCGAAUAGCCUACUUGAGCUCAUACAGAAUGACGCAUUCGUGUCUUCGUUUAUGGGGGCUCUCUCAUCAGUGGCACCAGACUGGCUUUCAUUCUCCGUCGACGAGAACAACAACCUUUUUAACAUUCAGAACAUUGCAGCUAGUUUAGUUCCUAAUUUGGAACACUGCCCUGAAUUCCCCUUAAAUUCAGCAUCAAGUCUCGUCUAUUACCGUCCUACUGUGAAUUAUAAAAUCCGAGUCGCACAAACCGAUGUUUAUUUGUUCGCAGAUGGGACAACCUGCUUUGCAAUUGACAUCUGCAAACCUGGUUUGUUAGUUAGCCUUUCCAUAGGCCAGGCUAAUAUUUUAAAGAGCUCUCUGAAUAUCUUCCAGGACAUGCAGGAUAAAGGGCUCAGCCUUCAUGUGGAUUCGAUUGGUAUUCAUAAAGAUAAAGAAACUGCUCGUUUUGUAAAUGGAUUUAUUUGGAAUGGCCAGGAGUUACAAGAAUUGUCCCCUUUCCAUUUCAAUAUGUGGCUGAAAGGAAACCUGAACUGGAAAUUCGGGAUCCCAAAGCGCCUCCUCUUGACAUUAAGGAUGAGUGGAGAUGCCAUUAUCAGAUCUGAACGUAUGGACAGUCUAUUUACCACCCUUAUGUCUCAACGGAUGGACAUGCAAUUAAGAGGAGAAGCAUCUCUGAACGUUUCUGGAAGAGUACUCAGAAAAGACUUUAUCCUGAGACUUGGUUCAAUAAAAGCAAGUGGAAAAGCUAUCUUGGGAGGAAAAGCGGAAUGCAGCAAGAAAGUGCAAGGCAUCUUCCUGACACUUGAGAAAUCCUCCAACAAUUUUUUGGAAAAAAGCCCUUUUGCAACUUACAUUUGGCCAAUAGAGAAUCAACAUAUUCGUUUGGCAAUACUCAUGUCAGUAAGCAGAGGAAUGCAAGACAAUAUCGUCAACAUCGGUGAAGUUAAAAGCUUUCUUUCCAGCAUUAUUUCGCUAAUACCUGAUCUGCAAUAUGUCAUAGUCAAAGCCAAAGAAGUUAUACCCCAUGGUGAAAUUGCUCUCGAAAAAUCUUUUGACACUGUUUCGCAAAUGAAUGCUUCUGUGACCGAACUAGAAAAGAUGAUAACUGGAGAUACAGUGGCAGUUACACGAGCACUGACUCUCCUUAACCGUAUAGAAAAUAAGUUUAAAUACUUGUUAAGCAUCAUAGACGUCAUCAUAGACCAUAUUCCCUCUUCAAGCAACAAAGGAAAGUAUGCAGUGCUUUCAAACAGAAUUGACGGAAUUCAGGCAAGAUUUCCUACAGAGUUACGCCUCAAUCUUGAUGGAGAAUCAGUUAACCAAGCCUUUAACGGAAUAAGCUUCCAUUUCAGAGGCAAGCUUUGCUUGAAAAACCUGUGCCUUAAGGAUUUAAGCACAACACUUGACUACCUUACAGAGCGCAACUGCGUUUCUAACACAACACAUACAUCAGUGUUUAGAGGAAGAGGAGAAGCCUUGAGGCAGAUGGCUUUAAGUCAAGACAACAUACUGACGCUUCCUAUGGGACACGUUGUUGAAUUCUUCUUUCCGAGAGACUCUAAGGAGGUGUCAGGUCAUUUCGCGGGAAUAAGUAAUCUUUUGGCCGUUAAUCAGUAUGUUAAUGUAUCAUUAACUAAGAAUCAGCUAUCGUUUGAAAUGCAAGGGAAGAUAUUUGAUAGAUAUAUGGCGAACAUGAACGUAGUGGCAGUGAUUGGUCAUGCUUCAGACUGGAGCUCCUUAAUCUUCGCAGUUAACGGAAGAAUGACGAAUUCUUCCCAACUUCCAAAUCUUCUUCAAAGGCGGGUGACUGCCUUUGUAAAUUUCGUAGCAGAGAGAGCUGUCAAACGAGUUGAAAGGUGUGAGAGAUCGAUAUCGCGUGCUGAAGAAAAGCUACAGAUCGCAAAGGAACUGGUGAAGAAGAAAAAGUCUAUUUUCGAUGAAGCAUUGUUAGAAAAGCAACGAAGACUUUCCAGAUUCCAAAGAAUAAGCACUGAAUAUGGAAAAGCAUCACUAGAGCUCGAGUCUUCCCUGGAUCAGUUUUUAAAAGUAAAGAACAGAAAAAUAUGCCAAUUCUUGUCCUGUGAUUUUAUCGAUUCCAACACUUACAUACCAGCGGUUUGUCAAAAGCCAGUAUUUGUGAAUUACACCGUGCCCGUUUGCCGUAGAGUGAAGGAUACAGUGAAAGAAGAAGUCAUUGUUUCAAAAGUGGAAAAGAAAAUCCAAAUGAUCCCAAGUUCUACGCACACACGAGUUAAUAAAUGUGGAGGGGGUUUUUUGGGACUUGGAUUUAUACAGGACUUUUUCUUUGGCUGCGAUAGUUACACAGUAUCUGGUCCAAUGAAACGAAUCGAAUCUUAUGUAACAAAAAACUUUCACGAAUACAAAACGAAAGAGAUCCAAAGGUUCAUUUGCGAUUCAGAAAAGAUGGAAACUGUGAUUUCUGGUUAUCACAUGUACGAAUGUCCAAAAAAUGAAAGCAUAAAAGUUCUAGAUCCAGCGUGCGUCUCGCACAACACAAAUUGCUCUUUUGAAUUGGACAGCCUUGCCGCUGAAAUAGAGUUUGAAAAUGAGACCAUGUUUAGAGACUUUCAAGAUAUGCUAGUGAAAGGAAAACAUUCCACCCGUGCUCAGUUGGAAUUAAACAAGGCAGAAAUAAAGUUUGAAAGUGGUGUAAGGCAGUUAGAGCUGGUUCGAGCACGACUUCAGCAGCGUGAGUUUGCUCGAAAAGCUAUUAAUCUCAACACAGUGAAACAGAGAGAAAAACUGGGUCUAAAAAUUGGUGAAAAUAUAAAGAAACGUAGAGGAAAACCACUGAUCUACGUAGAAAGUCUUGCAUUCUCGGUUGCACUGACCUCUUCAUCGGCAAAGACGAGAUUUCCCCUCACAGUUUACGUUAGGACAUUUGAAGGCUUGCAAAAAGCAAUUCAGUUUCCUAUGGACUUCAAAAAUGAAGACGAUUCCCUGGCCUUGGCGUCAAAACGUAUUGUGAACACGCUUUUUGGAACACCCAACGUAAGAAGGCGUAGGUCAUUAAGAGACGAAUUCAUCAUCUCCAAAGCAAAUGACACCGACUUCUCAAUUGACAGACACGAAUGUCAUCUUUCCAAAGAGGCCCACAUUCUAUUCUCUGAUAUCGUUGAAUCCAUGUAUUUUUCAAUUGAAAGUAAGCGAGGAGUUGAUCAAUCUGUGUUUGCAGGCAUCAAAGGAAUAGAAGAGCUCAACUAUGACGAUAAAAACGAUGGAAACAACUCUUACAGCGAUAUGAUCCAGUUUCUCAAGAAUGCUCAGCUUAACAUCACAGGAACGACAUCUUGGAGCGACAUACUAAGUGAUGCACGUGGAUUUCUCGAUGUAAUGACGCAGAGGAAGAACUUUACACAAUGUUCGGGGAUUUCUGAUUGUGCUGGCUUCUUCUUUGACAGUUUGGAUGAAAUGUAUGAAAUGGAAAAUCAUCCCAGGGCAUUCGAAAUCAAAGACGCGCUUCACUCUUUAAACAAGAUCAUUAGCAGUAUUUUGAGGGAGAACAUUACUGUGUCAUUGUUAGAAAGAAAGCUAUCGCGAGCGAAGUCUUUCAUUAGCGGAAGCAAUGAUGAGAUGAUACUCUGCGGCCAGAAACCCACAAUCAGGAAAAAUUCUCCAGUGAAAGUUGUUGCACUCCUUGGCGAAGAUAUCGAUUGACUGUGUGAGGCUGAAAG